AUGAUAAGAAGAAGAUAAUUAAAAACUUAUAGGCCUACAUUGUUGCCAAAAUUUUGAUACAUGCAAUAAGCCUGGCUGAUUUAAAUUAAAAUAAACAAGAAACAACACUUGUUGGUACUUAAUUAUUUCACAAAACCCCUUUUCUCAUGUAUUCAUGACAUGAAUAAAAAUGAAAAAUACACGUUAGUUAAUUCAAAGGUUCACUGUGGAUUUUUCAACUAGAUUUUUUUUAAAUAUAGUACUACUACCAGUAUCAAAGCAGAAUUCAGCAGAUUAAUUUUAAAAUGGCUUUUGGUUCUAGACAACUUAUACGCCAGUUUUCAUCUACAUCUUCCUUGCUUGCUUUGCCGAACAUUCAAAAACCUCGUGUCCCAUGGACAGAGAGAAGGAUUUUAAAUGCCGUGACGGUUCCACUUCUGCCGCCUGACACACGGCCACUUCCUGUCAUAUGCUAUGCUGAAAAGUUGAAAAAGGAAAAGCGAAAAAAAACUAAGCUUGCUGAAGCCUACCAUCAGUUCAAGCUGAAUGAAAUCAAGAAGAUGUUGAAUGGAAACAAAAUGAUUGCCAUCUGCCACUUGUUACCUUCAACCAGGCGAGAUUUCUUUAACUUAAGAGCAAAGUUCAUCCCAGUUGGAUUCAAUCUUCACAUCUUUAAUAAUUAUUGGGCAAAAGAGGCAAUAGAAAACUCAAAAUUCCAAAACCUCAACUUAUACAUGACCUCUAAUACAGCUUAUAUUACAAGUGAAGAGAACCGGGUCGUGGAUGUUGUUGGUAUUCUGCGGAAAACUGAAGGAAUCCAUCUGCUAGGUGGUCUUGUUGAAGGCAGGAUUUUGUCUCGAGAUGGUAUGAUGGAUCUGACCAAGUUACCUCCCCUGGACGUACUUCGGGGAGAACUGGUCACAAUUUUAGCCUCGGCCGCUGCCAAAACAUCGAGUGUGUUGGGCCAACACCAGCAGGAGCUGGCCAUCAACCUGGGCCAGUUGGCCAAACAAAAGCAAGAAGGCAGUGACACACCCCCAGCAUCUACAACAGAAGACAAUCAAGAACAAACGUAGUUCAUGGCUUCAGUGAUCUAUAAUGGAAUUUUUUCUGGACGUUCUAUUGUUAAUGUGUAAAAUGUGAACUGACCAUUCUGCUGUGUAAUGGCAUUGUAUUAAUGUUUUAAGGAACAAUAUGUCAAUGUAUUGUUGUUUUUUGUUUUGUUAAAAUAUUGCAUUUUAAUUACAUUUACAAACUACAUAAAAAAAUGUAUGAUGUGAUAGUGGUAGUGUUGACAAAAGCAAAUCAUUUCUGAAUCCAUUGACUUAACAUGCAGUGUUCACAAAUCAAGCAGUAUAAAUGUUGAAUAUAAAAGGGAUGUAAUUGUGGUGAUAAUAAAAGUUUUCUUGUCAACAAUAU